UAUGUUUGCAAUAUGUGGAGUUUGCCCACCUUUUACUCAUUUAGUGAAUGGUAGAUGUAAAACUUGCUCAAAUUGUUAUUUUGAUUGCAAUCCAAGAACGGGAGUUUGUCUUGGUAAGGAUAACCUUUAUCGCUGUAAAGCGGGUUUUUUGGGUCUCAGGUGCAAUAGAAAGUGUAAAAAGGGCUUAUUCGGAAUACACUGCGAACAAUCGUGUAAAAAUAGAGCUUGUAGCGGUGGUUUGAAAAACUGCUUAAGUACCAACGGUAGCUGUAAAAUUGGCUGUGCUCAUCCAAAGCUUUCAGGGCCUUAUUGCGAAUGCGAUGAACUCUGCGGUAAAGAGAAGAAAGGUGGUUGUUCUUGUAUAUAUCAGCGGCAGUCAAAUUUAUUAUACGUAGUUGUCACGACAACCCUAUCAGUUGUCGUAACCAUCACUUCUAUUUUAUUAUUAGCCCUUGCCAUUUUCAAAAUUAAACACUGGAGAAUUAUGAAAAGAUUAGAAUUAGAGAAAGUUAACUUGGCACUUGAUAAUCCGAAAGGAUCAUUUAACUCAUCUAUUUCGUCAAAGUCAUCCUUAAUCGAUUACGUAAGGCCGAAAAGCUUUGUUGAUCCUACGGGGCAGCCGACUCGUGAUCGACUGGCUGAUAAAUAUUUGGAGGCCAACACUAUAGGUCGAACAGGAGAUAUUCAAAUUGAAAAGGUCGAAGUAAGAACAAUAGAAUACGAAAACCUAAAUAAGAGAAAUAAAUCUAUGAGGCGUUUAGAACUAUCUUCCUCUUCAGAUGAGGAUUUUGUAGAUGAUAAAAAUAUAAGGCAAUACAGAACGACUCAAGAGACAGCCGUUGAUGAGGAUGGUCCCGACAUCGAUACAGAUGGUAAGACCCUUGUUACAAGAAUGCUUGAGCGCCAUUAUAAUAUGGAAUCUGGAAAUUAUCCAACUCACGCUGUUGAUUUUGAUAUAACCGACCUUAUGAAUCCAAUUAAAAUUGGAUAUAUACCUAAAAAAAGUAUAUUGAAAAGAGCGCUAAGAAUAAACUAA